UGCAUGCAGCAGCUCAGCAUAAGGACUAGACUCCCAGGAGAGCUGAUCUCUAGGGAUUUCUGAGGAGCUGUGGGGGGACACUCACUGACAGGCCCUUGAUACUUCACACCACAGCUGGAUACCAUCUCCUCCCAGUGCCAUGGAGCUAGAUCUGUGACACUUCCCUUGGAAGCUCCAGGGAAGCAGCACCAGGUCCCAUGACAAGAGAAGACGUUUCUGAGACACUGCUGCCCUGAUGAUCAUUCGGGGAGGUUGUUCCCUGUUCCAUUGCACCACAAGGCCAUAAAUGUCCCACCAGAAGUGGAGUGGCUUUACUAGCUUGCCAGCCCAGUACAGCAGUGAUGGAUGCUUCCAGUUCAGCACUGACUUGGGGUCCUUGGGCUGGACUGGCAAGAGCCUUGAGAGACACAGGAGAGGUCCACAAGCAUCUCCACCCUCCUCCAUGUUGGAACUGGAAAGAAGCUACAUUAACAGCUGCCCACUCUUGGGCAGGGCCCCAUUCCAAGCAGAGAACUCUUUUCCUGGGACACAAGGAUCUCUGGAGCCCAACCCCUCACACAACCCCUGGAAAGUGGACAGCAGGGGCUUUCUCAGCUCCCAGCUUGUUGAACGAGCCAGGUCCACGAGCCCCCUGCGAGGGAUCCACUCUAUCAAUAGUGGGAUAUUUUUAACUAAUAGUGUGGAACAUGCCAGGAAACCUCUAAGCCCACCAGUCAGAAGGAGGCAUUCUCUGUCUCAUCUCCCAGAUUGGGAUACAGAAGAAUAUAACCCCUUGGAGCCAUUCACUCAAAGGGUGUGGAGUGGAUCAGAACGGGACUUGCAUCUGUCUUUACCAGCACAGAGGAGAGCUGAGCCAGAGCUCUCUCUUCAGAAGGCUCCCAGGGGUCUGCGGUGGCAGGAGGAAAAAUUGGAGAAGUGGGAUAAGAAGCUGGCACUCAGCAGUGUGAAGUAUGAGCUGCUUUCCCUUAAAAAGAAGCAGAUGGAGAGGUCCCUGGCUCAGCUAGAGAAAGAAAAGAACUGGCUGGAGCUGUCUCGCUACGAAGACGAGAGGCAGAACGGGGACCUGCGUGAAAAGAUCCUUCAUUUGGAGAUGGAGAUGGCAAAGGCUAAAACCUGCUUGGGCAGAAUGAGGUGCUGCUCGGUCUCACCAACUCCCCGCUCUGCGGGAAGGAAGGAGCAGAGCCAAGAAAUGACAGCUCUUCAAGAAACCCUGAGUAGCUUUCAGGACCGACUGAAGGACUUGGAGGGAGAGCGAGAGGAAAUGGCCCUGCAGCUGACCUCCACCAAAGAAGCUCAGCAGCUGGCUUUCAGUCAGACCAGUGAGGCCAAUCAGAGAGCAACAGACUUGUUUCAGGCAAACAAAGCCCUGCAUGAAGAAAUCAACAGACUCCAAGCAGCGUGCAGUAGCAUCAGCCUGGAGAAGGAGCUGCUGUCUUCCAAGGUAGUCAGGCUGGAGGAGGGAGUGUCUGAGCUCACAAUGAAGCUAAAGCCUGCCUUGUCUGACAGGAACAGACUCCUGAAGGAGAAGGUGGAGCUGCAUCAGCAGGUGCAGGCACUCACCCUGCAGCUGGAACAUGCACAGAGGAGCCAAGAGGGGUUUAAUGACCAAGUGUCAGACCUUCACGUGGAGCUGGUGAGCACUAAAGCCCAGGCCAACCACCAGGACCAAGAGAAGGUCCGGAUGAAAGAGGAGUUGGAGACCAUCCAACAGGAGAAUGAGAUGCUGUCCUCUGAGCUGGGUCAGAGCCGGCAGAGGCUGGAAACUUCCCUGGAUCAGCUCCAUCAGUUGGAGGCUGAGAAGAAGAUUCUCACCAACCAGAUCCAGGCUCUGGAGAUGGAGCGCACCCAACUGCUAAGGGAGCAGCAGGAUGCUAGAGGCCAGGGAGAGGACAUGCAGGCUCUUCAGGAGACCUGCAAAGAGCUCAGGAUCUCGCAGUCCCUGCUGCAGAGGAAGAAGGAGAUGCUGCAGGCUCGCUGUGAGGAGCUGGAGGCUGCCCUGCAGCACAAGAGGGAGGAGAUAGGCUGCCAGCUGACAGAGCAGCAACAGGUUGCCCAGCACUGGAAGGACAGGUGGCACCAGGUGGCCGUGGCCCUGAAGACUAAAGAGGAGGAACUAGAGCACACACACCAUGAGCAGCAGAGCCUGUCUGCCAAGUAUGCCAAGAUCCUGCAGGACAGUGAGAUGCUUGAGGCGGAUGCAGAGGAGUUGUCUGAGCUGAAAGGUGCUAUGCACAGCUUGAAGGAAGAAAACAAAGACUUAUUGAGGCAGCUGGAGGAGCAUCGCAAGGCCAGCCAGGUGCUGCUGCAACAGCAAGAUCCGUCUGCAAAUGCAUCUCUGCAGGCAUUGGGCUCUGAGAAGACUUCAGACCAGGAUGCCCUUUACAAAGAGAACGAGGGAACCCAUGACAACGUGAAGCAAGUAGAGAAUGAAAAAUCUGAGAGGGUGGCAGAGAUCAGGACGUCACAGCAGGACAUUGCUUCACUCCUCCGGGUUGAACUGCAGGCUUGCAAGCAAGAGCUGGAACUGGAAAGGAGCCGUAGUCAGGACCUGCAUCGCAAAAUGCAGCUGCUGCAGGCUGGGAGCAAGCAUGGUGCUCCUCCUUCCCCACAGCAGAUCACCUUCCCAGCAGAACCUGGGGACACUGCAGCAGCUGGUGUAGAGACAGAUCACCCUGUGUCUUCUCCACAGCACGGUUUUUCCCAGAUUUCAGAUCCUCACAGAGAACUGUUGGUGAUGGAGAGCUCCUGGGGCAUGAGGGACUCAGGGAGCCUGUCAGAGAUGAAGAGUCUGCAGCAGGAGCUCCAGAGGCAGGUGGCAUCCCAGCAGGAAAAGGAAGAGCUGAUCUGGGCUCUGAGAGAGGAACUGGAAGAACUGAAACAAAGGAAGUCUGGAGACCUCAAGGCCUCCCUGGAGGAAGUAGAUACAGAGCUGGUUCUGGUCCAAGAAGAGCUUCAGAAGGUUUGGGGCAUGCUGAAAACACGUGACACGGAGCUGGAAGAACAACAUCUAGAACUCGAAUCUGCCAGAAGCCAGUACACGGAAUGCAGCUCGGAGAAGCUGAAACUGGAGCAACUUGUGACCUCUCUGGAGCAAGAGCUGGCUGAGAAAGAACAGGCCUUAAGGCACCUCAGGCAAGUGAAGGAGAUGGAGAAAACUGAGCUGGAGAUUAAAGCCUCUUCAUUAGAGCUGAAGCUGGCUGAAAUGGAGGUCCUGAGAGACAGCACCCCACAGUUUGGUCAGGCUCCUGCCCCGCCGGCAGUGCAGAACAGGUCCCCUGGGCAGAGUCGUGACAGCCGCUGCCAAGGGAAAUGCUCUCGUUGUGAUUCCCUUCUGGGCCAGCUGGACAAGAUGAUUCAAAGCUGCAUGGACAAAGGAAGGAAUAUCGAGGAGGACAAGGACCAGGCUUUCACUUACCUGUGUGAGCUUCGGGAACUCCUCAAGGGCGUGAGUCAACGCCUGGAUGGACAUGUCACGAGGAACCCCCAAGCAGAGGUUCAGCACCUGAAACAGCAGCAUCAGCUGGUGACCGAGCAGCUCAAGGGCCUGUUCAAGCAGAGACAACACCUACCAUCAGGCUGCAGGAAGCUGCCAGGAAGACAGAAGGCCAGGAACUCAGCAGAGCAGUGGGCUAGGAUAUCUCAAGAGGAUGUGAGAGAAGACACCAAGAAACCCAAGGAGGAGCUGAAGGAAAAACAGGCAGGAGACAUGGGCCUCCCUGGCAGCACUGAAGAUGCCCAAAGCCUCAGGCAGCAACUGCAAGAGAAAACAGAAAUGGUCUCUGCCAUGACCUCCGAGAUCCAGGGGCUGCGGCAGAAGAAUGAAAACCUGAUGAAAGCAAAACUGAGGUUUCAGCAGCAAAUCCAGGCCAUCCGCAGCCUCCCCCAGCAGCACCAGGAAAGGACCAGCUCUAACUUACUGGUACCUCAGCUCUCCAGCUGGCAGGAGCUGGACCUGGCAUCGAGUCAGCGGAGUGACAGCCCAGCACCUUCUCCUGGUGGUGAACAACACGCUUCAUCCCUGUCCUCCUCGUGCAACAGGGAGGACUUGUGUGUGGCCACACAAGUGGCAUUUCCUGAUGCUGGAGAUGAGCACAGGAGGUUUGCUUCUGAAAGCAGUGGCAGGCAGCUCCACAGGUCCCAGAUGAGAUCAGAACCACCCACCCUGGGGAGCAAGCUACCAGCCACUCCUCUGAGCAGGGAGCUGCCCCCACCUUGCCAGCAGAGUCUUCCCUCCUCCCCUGUGGCCUCUGGCAGAUGCUCCCCAGAGCCCGGGUCCUUGCUGCUGAGCUCCCAUAGUCAGGCUGGCAGCCAGGAAUCCUUGCUCACUCCCAGGGGAUCAGCCCUUCUCUUGCCAAAACCCUUCCAGCUGAAAAGACCUAGGUCUCCCUUUAAAUUCAUGGGGAGCCCUGAACCUUCAGAUAACUAAGGUAGGGAACAGCUGUGAUGGCAGAAACAUCCUGUGUGCUGCUUAAAGGUCAGGUAUCCAGGUUGAAGCCAUAUUGGUCUAGAGGAAAAAGCAAUCAGGACUUGUAGUAGAGAUGAUAUCUUUCAUAAGACCAACAAGAUUUUUUGCAAAAAUCCCAUUGGUCUAAUAAAAGAUAUCAUCUCUACUAUGAGUCCUGACUGCUAAAUGUGGCUUUCAGUGGCCUGCUCCAUUUCUUCUCUGAACUGUUGGCUGUAGCUCCUAGCUGGGAUGUCAGUGGAGGUACUAAGUUCCUUGUUCCUGUUUUCAGCUUGGUAAUGGGGCCGGCUGGUCUCUUUCCCCUGUCACUACCCUUCCUGUUGGUGUUUGUGGUUGGGGGGGACCUUCAGGGGUUUGUACUCCCAUAGCUGAGCUCCUUCUCCCAGGUACCUGGGCUUCCAGGAGCUGAGGGGGGGGGGGAAGGUUUGGUCAGUGAGAAAAAGGAUUCCACAUGUAUUGUUUGUGUGUGUAUUGGAGAAGAUAGCUUGGAGAAGCAUGUCUGGAAGGGGCUGAGUUUUGUGAUGGUCCUUGGGUUGUGGGGGAGUUUGUUUCAGUGUCUUGGACUCUCCCAAAGACAGGCUUUACCUUUAUGGUAGAGAUUUCCAUUAUGCUAGAGAAUUGGAACUGUAUUGACCAUAGUCAUCUUCAGGGAGCUUCAGGUGAUUUGUAGAUAGGGCAAGCCUCAACUGCUGUGUGCAAUAAAGAUCUAUGAAAUGGAGGGUUUGAUUCUUCUCCCUUAGACACAUCAGCACUCAGAAAGCUGAGAUGUCAGGGUUUGAGAGGGAAAGAGCAGGCUGGGUAUUCCAGGGAGAGCAAGCCAUAGAUACAGUUUUAUCAAGUAACUCACUUCAGGCUGUUGGAAUCCAGCAGCACUGCUCAGAAGAAUUGAGGAACAGGUAUCAUAGUAUCAUAGUGCUUAGGGUCAGAAGGGACCUAAACAGAUCAUCAGGUCGACCCCCAAGGUAGUAGAGUCUCCCUGUAGCUUGCUGCCCCUAGUUCUUCAUCUGGGAGGGUACACCCACACUGCAGUGUGGUGAGGACAUAGACAGCCUAGCUGCCCAGCUUGAGCAACCAUAGUAUGUUACCUGACAGGUUGAAGCUCAGAGUAAUCUGGCAAACAAGCCCAAGAAGUUGAGUAUGUACUUGGCUGGUUAACCUCCACCAGCUAGUUUUAAUCUAGCUCUGGUAUGUCUACAUGACACCACAGUUCCAGUAUAGCAGACCUACGCUGAAGGUGGAUCUGAGAGGAUCAUCACACAACAGAUCCUGGUGUGCCCUUCAUUUGCACCAGAGGAAAAAAGAUCCCAUGGUGCUCUCAAGCCAUGCUGAGAAGGCACAGCUCUUCCAAAGGGCAGGGAUAUAAAGCACAGAAGAGGCACAUGCCUCAUUAGCAAAGCUUGUGCACCAGGAGAAGACAGCUAAGGCCUUUCAGUGUGGUCACAGGGGGAUUUGAGUUCUGUAAAGGCUCAAAACCCUCUGGACCACACUGUUUUCCUUCUGCAAAGCAGUCAUGUGUUCUCCGCACCAUCUUAUGCCUGCAGUGAAAUCCCAGGGUCCUGAUCUCUGUCCCCCCGUGACUCAUUUCUUGUAUGGGAAAAAAUUAUCACUCACUAUUUUUGUACCCCCAUAUAUAUUCUUAUAUUCUGCCUCUUGCAUGGAAACACUAUUUGUUCCUUUUCCAUAAAAGCCUGGAAUUUG